GCAAGCCAUGGGCGACAUCCCCACCCUUGUGAAAAUCAGCGUCUCCCUCAAAAUCCAGCCCAACGAUGGCGCAGUCUAUUUCAAGGUGGACGGGCAGCGCUUUGGCCAGAACCGCACCAUCAAGCUGCUCACCGGGGCCAAAUACAAGAUCGAGGUGGUCCUCCGUCCCGGCACCGUUCAGGCCACGACAAUGGGCAUCGGUGGUGUGAACGUACCGCUGGAGGAAAAAUCAAGGGAUGCACAAGUGGUCUCUUACACAGGGAUCUACGACACAGAAGGAGUGCCCCACACCAAGAGUGGCGAGAGGCAGCCCAUCCAGGUCAACAUGCAGUUUAAUGACAUUGGUGUUUUUGAAACAGUCUGGCAAGUCAAAUUCUAUAACUACCACAAACGGGAUCAUUGCCAAUGGGGAAACAGUUUUGGCAGUAUCGAGUACGAAUGCAAACCAAAUGAAACGCGCAGUCUCAUGUGGAUCAACAAAGAGACCUUCCAUUGAAGAGAAGUGAAUAAACAGUGCUGGACAAUCUCCUUAAAGCAAAACCUACCUUCUGAAACCAGCAAGAAGCCUUAGCAAAGGCCUACUGUAAUGUUGUAUUGUCCUGUGAGGUUCCAGUAACUCCAGUUAUCCAGUCGGUG